AUGCAGAUGUUGGUUUUGAAGGUCGUCUGUGCCACUCUGCUGCUUCUUGCAGUGGUGCCCUCUGUAUACUCACAGUCAGAUUGUUCCCAAGCCGAGUCAUGUGACCUAUGUGUUGGAGACUCCAUGCUCAACUUGACAGGCUGCGUCUGGAGGCUUUGUCCAGGUGGUAACGAUACAGGCAUGUGUAUGUAUGAUGAGGGCAACGUGGAAGACAGUGCGAUGAACUGUAGCUGGACCAGAGUGUCUGAACUGUGUGCAGUUGUAGAGAAUGUUGCAGAAGGAGGAAGUGAAGGUGACUCAGGCAACCCAAAAUCAACCUCUGAGUUCUCCCAGGCCAAGUUUGACAUGUCCAGCUUCAUCGGAGGCAUCAUACUUGUGCUGUGCCUGCAAGCUGGCGGCUUUUUGGCCAUGCGCUUCCUCAAAUCCAAAGAGCAGAGCAACUAUGACCCCAUUAAAGAUCCCAGCAUGCAGCAAGAAUGGAGCGCAGAUGGAGGCCUUUGGGGGAGCAGCGGGAUGGCUGGUUGGACGCACCAGUUGCUGUCUGAGCCAGAACCUGAAGGCUUGAAUAGGCCCACACAAAAAGGUUUCCCAACUGGGCAGACUAUGGCUGUCAUCCAAGUCUGUUGA